UGGUCCUUAAACCAGUAAACCAGCGUUUUGCAGCGUCAGUAACGUUAAACGUGAUUUCGUGAACCAGAUAAGGACAUGACCUCGCUAAUGCUAGUAACAUAGUAACUGUCUUCAGCUGACGACGGUGAUGGUAGCCAGGACAAGAAGUGACAUGACCGACACUUUAACUGACGCACGAAGGACCCGUUUUUGUAAUGGUCUUGCUGGUCAAAGCUAGCUAGCCUAGUUAGCCGUCCCGUCCAGAUAACCUAAUGGUGGCGAGCCCUCUUCUCUCAAGCCAAGCCGACUCACGUUAUUCAGGACUGUUGUUCUCACGGACCACACAGACGAGUGUUCAGGUUUCAUAUUCUACGGAUCACAUUUAAUCUGGGUACAGUAACACUGUAACACCACUGGCAGUCGAGUGACCCAAGAAAAUAAUGUGCUGCAGCUGAAGAUGGGUGGGAGCGGCUCCAAAUCCAAAGGAUUUUGGCCUUUUUCUGGCUCGGGUAGUGCAGACGAUCCAACCAAAGAUGGAAACGAGCAGUCCAUAGCGAAAGUUCGAAGUUUCCUGAGUGUAACCCCUUUUGUGUUAACUAGAAAAAGCUCUAUGUUCUUCGAUGAAGACGGCGACUUGGCCCAUGAGUUCUAUGAAGAGACAAUUGUGACAAAAAAUGGACGUAAAAAAGCCAAGCUGAAGAGGAUCCAUAAAAACCUAACACCUCAGGGAAUUCAAAAGCUGGAGAUCCCUUGCAUCCAUGUAGAUUUCCCAGUUGUCCUCUGUGAAGCCUGAUGAUGUCUCAGAGUAUCCACUGUGUCAACUCCGUCCUGUUGUUUCCCCGACAGCUGGAAACCUGAACCACCUUUUAAAAUAACAUGAUCUCUUGAUAUAUUUGACGCCCUUGUGUGGACUGUCUGAAGCGAUGUGUGCUGAGCCUCUGCAUGUGAUCUGUUUUGGCCUGUGUGCAGUUAGUCACAGAAUAGGUCACCAAUGGAGAUCUAGAAGGGUGCCAAGAUGGCAAAACCUACUCAGUUUACAGGUCAUGGUUUGUGUGCAUGUAAGUGUGAAUGUGUGUUCAGACACAGGAUGAAACGUGACAGUCCUGAAUUUAAUGCUGCAGAUUAUUUUCUGGUAUGAUUCAUUGAACUCUCGGAGUUUGAGGAGAAACCAAUGUGUCCGUCUGUCCCGGUCAUAUCUAGAGCGAGAACGUUUUAUGAGCACACUUUUGUUUUUUGACACCACCAUGACUUGCUUUAUUAUGCAUGAAAAGGAUCUGCUUAUUGGUAAUAGCCAUGGGAGUUGACAAUCAAUGGCCCACAAAUGCUCAAGUGGAAAUAAUGUCAUAAUGUUGGAUGGACUGGCUUCAAUGACCUCGGACGAUGGUCAAAUGGGCGUCCCAUGUACACAGCAGCAGUGAGUCUAGUAAGAGAUCCUGUUGUUUCGUUUGCUGCUCUGGCAUACUAUCUUUCACUUUUAAUUUAUUAUAACUGUUUUUUAAUUACAAUAUAAAAUGCUAAA